CCUUAAAUAGCGUUAGAGGAAAGUGCUGCCUCCCCAUUGCAAUUCUGGGGCUCGAGUAUAUAAUUGUGAGCCAAAUAUUUUGUGCUCUCCUUCAUUCUUUCUCUCUCUGUCUGCUGAAGUGACAACAAUAAGACAUGGCCACUGCAGGAAAGGUGAUUAAGUGUUGGGCUGCUGUAGCCUGGGAGCCCAAUACCCCGCUGGUGAUAGAGGAGAUUGAAGUAGCUCCACCCCAAAAGAAUGAACUCCGUAUCAAGGUGAUAGCAACAGGUGUUUGUCACACCGACUUGUACCAUCUAUUUGAGGGCAAGCAUAAGGAGGGAUUUCCUGCUGUGCUUGGACAUGAAGGGGCUGGUGUGGUGGAAAGUGUUGGACCUGGAGUCACUGAGUUCAAACCAGGUGAUAAGGUCAUUCCCCUCUUCAUCUCUCAGUGUAGAGAUUGCAAGUUCUGUAAGAGCCCAAAGACUAACCUCUGUGAAGAAAGCUGGACUAGUGAUCGAUAUGCUCAGAUGUCGGAUACCAUCACACGCUUCACCUGCCGUGGUAAGCCUGUCCUGCAGUUCAUGGGCACCAGCACCUUCUCUGAGUACACGGUCAUGAACCAGAUUGCUGUGACGAAGAUCCAUGAUGAUGCCCCAUUGGACCGUGUUUGUCUGCUUGGCUGUGGUAUUUCCACUGGAUAUGGAGCUGCUAUCAACACUGCCAAGGUAGAGCCAGGCUCAGUGUGUGCAGUCUUCGGGCUUGGAGCUGUAGGCCUUGCUGCAGUCAUGGGCUGUAAGAAUGCUGGAGCCUCCAGGAUCAUUGCUGUGGACAUAAAUGACCAGAAGUUUGAAAAAGCAAAGGUAUUUGGUGCCACUGAAUUUGUAAACCCCAAAGCACACAAAAAGCCUGUCAGUGAGGUUCUGGCAGAAAUGACCAAUGGGGGCGUGGAUUUCUCCCUGGAGUGUGUGGGCAAUGUGGCUGUUAUGAGGAGUGCACUGGAGUCCUGUGCUAAAGGUUGGGGCGUGAGUGUACUUGUUGGCUGGACAGACGUUAGUGAUUUUUCUGCUCGACCAAUUCAGCUAAUUGCUGGAAAGACCUGGAAAGGCUCGCUUUUUGGAGGCUUUAAGAGUAAGGAUUCCAUUCCGAAGCUAGUCCUAGACUACAUGAACGGUCGUAUAAAGCUGGACGAGUUUGUAACCCAUACUAUGAAUCUUGAGCAGGUCAACGAUGCCAUUGAUCUCAUGAAGAAGGGAGAAUGCAUUCGAACCAUCCUGAACGUGUCUAAGUGAGAUGGGCACAGCUACUUAAAUACCACAACUACUUCAGACCAAAGCUAUUACUGCUUCUGCCACAUCUGCUGCUUAUACCUUAUCAUUUAAUAAGCUUGCAAGUACUAAUUCACUUUGUUUUGAAAACCAGUUAAAUGUUCUAUAACCCUGCGAUACUCAAAAGGUGUUCACUGAAAUACUCACAUUACUCAAUUAGUGUAUUUAACCUGCAUACUGUUAUAAACCACAUACUGGAAUUAGAUUAUCUAAAAGAGUCCAGAUAUUAUACAAUCAUAUAAAAAGCUAUGGGGUGGAAGUCAUUAUGUAAAACACUUGCAUCUGGUAAUAAAAAUGCAAAUGCA